AAAAAGCGCGGGAGGAGAUAACAGUAAACGAGAGGUUGGGCUCACAAACUUACGGUCACGUUCGAAUUGCACGACGUCGUCUUUGUUCUUUCUCUUGCUUCGUUACCAAACUCCAUGGAAAAGCUGAGAGACUAGAGACGAAGAGAGAGAAGCAGCGAAGAAAUGGUGCACAGUGCUUACGAUUCCUUCGAGCUCCUCAAUGAUUGCCCUACCAAGAUCGACACUAUCGAAUCGUACGGAUCAAAAAUACUCAUCGGCUGCUCAGAUGGAUCUCUUCGGAUCUACGGCCCAGAAUCCUCUGGCUCCGACCGUUCUCCGCCGUCCGAUCGCCAUUCCCAAACCCUAGAACUCCGGAAGGAACCCUACGUCCUCGAACGAACCGUAAAUGGAUUCUCCAAGAGGUCGAUGUUGGCAAUGGAGGUUUUGGGCUCCAGAGAGCUUCUUCUUUCGCUAUCCGAGUCGAUCGCGUUUCAUAAGCUCCCAAAUUUGGAGACCUUUGCGGUGAUUACGAAGGCGAAAGGUGCGAACGUGUACUCGUGGGACGAUCGAAGGGGGUUCUUGUGCUUUGCGAGGCAAAAGAGAGUCUGUAUUUUCAGACAUGAAGGAGGACGGGGAUUUGUGGAGGUGAAAGAAUUUGGUGUUCCAGAUACAGUGAAGUCGAUGUCUUGGUGUGGUGAGAAUAUCUGUCUGGGGAUUAAAAGGGAAUACAUCAUACUGAAUGCCACAAAUGGUGCAUUGUCUGAGGUAUUUCCUUCUGGGAGGAUUGCCCCACCUCUAGUGGUGUCUCUUCCAUGUGGAGAACUUCUUCUAGGGAAGGAUAACAUUGGAGUUUUUGUUGACCAAAAUGGAAAACUCCUUCAAGAAGGCAGAAUUUGUUGGUCCGAGGCCCCUGCAGUUAUUGUCAUUCAGAAGCCAUAUGCAAUAGCUCUCUUACCAAGACAUGUUGAGAUACGGUCUCUCCGAGUUCCUUAUCCACUGAUACAAACUGUUGUUCUCCGCAAUGUUCGGCGCCUUCUCCAAAGCAGCAGCACGAUAAUUGUUGCAUUAGACAACUCUGUUUAUGGGCUGUUUUCUGUUCCUCUUGGUGCACAGAUUGUACAGUUAACUGCAUCUGGUAAUUUUGAGGAAGCCUUGGCUUUGUGUAAGCUGCUUCCACCAGAAGAUUCUAGCCUUCGAGCUUCAAAGGAGCAGUCGAUUCAUAUAAGAUAUGCACACUAUCUAUUUGAAAACGGGAGCUAUGAGGAGGCCAUGGAACAAUUUUUGGCAUCUCAAGUAGAAAUAACGUUUGUGCUUUCUUUAUAUCCAUCAAUUGUCCUUCCCAAAGCAGCUAUGGUACCUGAACCAGAGAAGUUUCUGGACAUUGCUGGGGAUGCUUCAUAUCUCUCAAGAGGUUCAUCUGGUAUUUCAGAUGAUAUGGAAUUCUCACCUCCUCCUCAGCUAGUGGACUCUGACGAGAAUGCUGCACUUGAGUCCAAGAAAAUGAGCCACAAUACUUUGAUGGCUCUCAUCAAAUUUUUGCAGAAGAAGAGAUACGGCAUAAUUGAAAAGGCCACUGCUGAGGGAACUGAUGAGGUUGUUUUUGAUGCCGUUGGGGAUAAUUUUGUAUCUUAUGAUUCCAGAAGGUCUAGGAGACCAAGCAAAGGUCGAGUUAACAUCCCCAUUAGCUCAGGUGCUAGAGAGAUGGCAGCAAUACUGGACACGGCACUACUACAAGCUCUUCUUUUGACUGGGCAGUCUUCUGCCGCUUUGGAGUUGCUGAAAGGUCCCAACUAUUGUGAUGUAAAGAUAUGCGAGGAGUUACUUCAGAAAAGAAAUCAAUACAUUGCUUUGUUAGAACUUUAUAAGUGCAAUGCAAUGCACCGUGAAGCUCUCAAACUUCUGCAUCAAUUAGUAGAACAGUCAAAAUCUGACCAACCACAAGCUGAGCUCACACAGAAGUUCAACCCUGAGAUGAUUAUUGAAUAUCUUAAACCUCUCUGCGCGACUGAUCCUAUGUUUGUCUUGGAGUUUUCAAUGCUUGUCCUUGAAAGCUGUCCAACACAAACUAUUGAGCUCUUUUUGUCUGGUAACAUUCCAGCAGAUUUGGUCAACUCUUAUUUAAAACAGCAUGCUCCAAGCAUGCAGGGCAGAUAUUUAGAACUUAUGCUUGCAAUGAAUGAAAAUGGCAUCUCUGGAAAUUUGCAGAAUGAAAUGCUGCAAAUCUAUCUUUCAGAAGUGCUUGAUUGGUUUGCAGAGCUAAGUCCUCAACAGAAAUGGGAUGAGAAAGCUUAUUCUCCGACGAGGAAGAAAUUGCUAUCUGCUUUAGAGAGCAUCUCUGGAUAUAGUCCAGAAGUUUUGUUAAAGAGACUUCCACCGGAUGCUUUGUAUGAAGAACGUGCUGUUUUGUUGGGAAAGAUGAACCAACACGAGCUCGCUUUGUCUCUAUAUGUUAACAAGCUUCAUGUUCCUGAACUGGCAGUGUCCUACUGUGAUCGGGUGUAUGAAUCUCUACUUCAUCAACAUCCUGUAAAAUCCUAUAGCAAUAUAUACCUCACUCUCCUGCAAAUCUACUUGAAUCCGCAAAGGACGACAAAGAACUUUGAGAAUCGGAUCACUAAUCUGGUAUCAUCUCAGAAUACUGGUCUUCCAAGGGUUGGUUCAGGGAUUUCAGUUAAAACUAAAGGUCGUUCUGCUAAGAAAAUUGCAGCGAUAGAGGGUGCAGAAGAUAUUCGAAUCAGUCCUAGUAGCACUGACAGUGGGAGGAGUGAUGGUGAUGCAGACGACCUUAUUGAUGAAGGAGGUUCUACUAUUAUGCUUGAUGAGGUCCUUGAUCUAUUGAGCCGAAGGUGGGAUCGAAUCAAUGGAGCACAGGCACUCAAAUUGUUACCAAGGGAAACUAAGCUGCAGAACUUGCUUCAGUUUCUUGGACCUCUUCUGAGAAAAUCCAGUGAAUCAUACCGGAACUUUUCAGUCAUCAAAAGUUUGAGAGAGAGUGAGAACCUGCAGGUGAAAGAUGAACUGUAUAGCCAAAGGAAGACAGCUGUGAAUAUCACCAGUGACAGUAUGUGCUCGCUUUGCAACAAGAAAAUAGGGACCAGCGUAUUUGCAGUCUAUCCCAAUGGUAAGACCAUUGUGCACUUUGUUUGCUUUAGAGACUCACAGAGUAUGAAGGCUGUUGGAAGAGGCUCACCCUUUCGGAAGCGAUGAUUAUUUUUAUUCACAUUUGGGUUAAGAGUGCCCCUAGAGGAGCUGGUUUUAGCCUUCUCACUGACCGGUCAUCUAUUGCUACCAUGCUUAUCCCUUCAUUUGGCUCAAGCUAGUAUUGGUUGUACAAGGGAAAGCUGCAACAGCGACCUGAAGAUCGUCGAGACCGUAAAAAAAAAGGGUCGUGUCCCAACUAUUUGGGAUUGGUUGUUAACAAGCGUGUGGAUUGCAAUUUGAAGGUUUUCAGGUGUUUUUAAGUGGAAUGGUUUUUGGAUGAGAAUGAAAGCUGCAUUUGAUGUAGAGAUGUGACACAAGUGUUCUCUAGAGAUGUAUUAUUAUUGCCUUCGUAACUUAUAUGUGGUUUCAAUUGUUGACUUGUAAGUUGUAACUAUAUUAUAAAUUUCAAUGCAAAACCGUAGUGUGUGAUACCUCUUCAAAUA